AGCCGUAGACUCAUAACAGGCAUCAAUACAAAAUACAAAUCAAUUUUUGGCGGUACGUGGGCCCGAAAGGUUCAAAUACAAAAUACGGUUCUGGCGCUCGUGAUCGUGAUCGGCCAUAGUUUCGAAAUAACUGGCUUUUCGGUGGUGAAUAAUAUGAAGUAAUACAAUAUGCCCGUGUAGCGAAUCGGGGUAUCAAUAGUGAAUGGUGUGGUGUGUGUUAUCUGAAUGAGCUGGUCUGUAUUUCGGAGUUGGUUCAGAGUUUGGAUUUUAGGGACCAUAGUGAAAGAAAGCGAAAGGCUUAGCAAGUGAUUGUGAUUUUUAAGUGAUACCUGUCUGUUUCGACAAUUCUUCUAUUUGUGUGAUGGCAUCGACAUCUACGCCUCCAACUACAGUAGUUUUCGAAAACGGCACAAUGCUGGGCUCCAUGAGUUGUGAGCACUCCCAUGCAAAGGUCCAGUUCCUGGGAAAUCAGUCACACUUUGUUGUACCGGAAAUAGUAAUUAGUUACAGUCAGAGCAGCAAUAGUAUCUACAACCAUCGAAGUCCCUGUGUUAUGUCGAGCUCCAGCGCACUUAGCAGCGCAAGUCCAACCAUAAACGAGAACGAAUUGUCAGAGGAACAUGCAUCGCUCCUGGAAAUUCAGCAAGGAGAACGCGAGGAAGAGUCUGAAUUUGAACAAUUCAUAUUGAAUCGCACCACUUCAGAGAGCAACAUACUAGAGUCCAGCUCCUACAGUGAGUUGCAGAUCCCAACUUCGCUGUGCGUUCCAGCAGCUCAAACCCUUGCUCUAGACUGUUCGCGGUCCGACUCAGAAUCUAGGCAAGGCAAGCGAAUGCGGCGGAAGGCUGACAAGGCCCAAGCCAAGACGAAGUGCUCUACCAAUGCACUUGGGUCUCCCACGCCCACAGUGACGUCUGUGGCAGAAGGAUAUCCUCCACAAUACACAGCGAUUUUUCUGGACCGUCCCCAUAGAAACAGUGGUGUCCCAGCGAACGCAGCGGUGCAAGGGACAGGAUCCAACGCGGUCAACUAUUUAGAGUUUCAUCAAUACUGUCAGCAGCGCCCGGGAAUGGGCAACGUGUCACUCGGACAUCUACAUCAGCAUCAUCAUCUGCAUCACCCGCAAAGAAGUCUGUUUGAAGUGGCUGUACCGCUGGCCGGUAGCACCGUGGAAGCCAGCAACAACUUGUUCAGUACAAACAUCAAUAUGUGUAGUGCAGCUGAAUCCUCGGGCAAUCUGGCUGUGACCUAUAAUUUUCGAAAGUGGUUCGCACGUCCUUCGCUGCCUUUCGUAAUAGGAAUAUUUGCACUUGGUGGCGUGGCAUGCACACUUGGCGGCAUAGUGCUUGGGAGCACGGGCCUGAUAGAGCAUUCGACACAGUAUCUAAGUGCGGCUCUCUUGAUGAUUGGCAUUGGGGUCUCGCUGUUGGUGAUAUCGGGCGCCAUUUGGCGUCUGAGUCUCCCCGAUGAUGUCGAUGACUGUCCCUGCUUUCGACGAAUGGAAACCUGUCGCAACUGCAACAGUCCACACUGCAACAACCGCCUUCUUCCCGGCAGCUAUUUGUACCCAGAAUUCCAGCAUCGGCAGCCGCCGCCUUCGUAUCUAACAUCACUAAACGAGUACGCCUUCAUCUAUCAUCCCAGUGCCCAACCGACAGCGGCAGCAGCAGCAGCAGCAGCUUAUGCUACAUUGGAAAUGAACACUCCUCCGCCGCUUUAUCGUUCGACCUACUCCCUCAACACUUCAGCAUCGAUGGGUUCGCGUACAGUAUUACAACUGCCGCGUACGACCGAUCAUUCAUCUGAGGAUCACCAUCCGGUCUUGCUCAUCCGAGAAGCCACCAGUCAGACAUCAUUAAAAGAGGUCGAGAUCGAGGACAUGCGUGAGGCUGGGAAGAGGGAAAUGCAAACGCUUUAUAAGGAAGAUGAACUUGACUAGAGGGUGCGGGCUCGCGAGAGCGAGCGUUUCAGGAAUUAUUCAAUGAUCUUCUGAUUUGACUGACUGACUAUAUUAACCUUAUUCAUUUAUACAUACAUACAUAUGUACUUACUACAUGUGUACAUAUAGUACAUGUUAUAGUCAACCGAAUCUUUAAAUAAUAUUAUGCGAUAAAAUGUUGUAAAAAAUACGUCCAUAUUUUUGUCCAUACAAAUUACAUAUUCUCGAAACUUAAUUUUAAGCAGCGUGAAAGCCAAUGAAUAACGUUUAAGUACAUAUUUAUGUGGCUCAUUGAUCAUAUCAAAUGAUAUAAUGCCAAACUCAAACUUAAUAAACAUAUGAAUACUCGUAUUCAACAGUCAA